AUCCAAAUCAGAAGGCGCUAAUCCGCAGUCAGUAGUAGUAUAACGAUCUUCAUGUCCCUGUCCCAAACUGCGGCCAAUCUCCGGCGCCGUCUCCUCUCCAUCCCCUCGAUCUGACGUCAUCCUGCUCCGAGCUCUGAAACCCACUCACACACAACCUGAACCCUCUCCCCCUCCUCGCUAUCACCGUGGUCAAAUGGCACCCGCCGUCGUGAGGCGGGCCCACUUCUCGAGCUCCUGCCCGUCGGCCGGCCGGCGGCAGCUCGGCGGGAGGGCGGAUCGGGUCUCGCUGGCUCCCCGCGAGGCCUCGCCGCCGCGCGUUUCAUGGGAGCAGGGAUCUGGGGUGCCCAUCAGGGGACGAGUCUGGGCCAAGGCCGGUGGUUCGUUCCAGCAAGAUCGCAGUGGGGUGGGCGCUGCGUCACCUUCUCCUCUGCAGGGUGUGGAGGAGGGCAGAGUUGAUUUUCUCAAGAUUCUCAAGAGUGCCAACUCCAUUAUUCCCCAUGUAGUGCUGGGGAGCACCAUUCUUGCGCUGCUGUACCCACCUUCGUUUACAUGGUUCACAACCAGAUACUACGCACCGGCAUUGGGGUUCUUGAUGUUUGCUGUAGGUGUCAAUUCAAGCGUCAAGGACUUCAUUGAAGCAAUAAAAAGGCCAGGUGCUAUCGCUGCUGGCUAUAUUGGACAGUUUAUUGCCAAGCCUUUCUUUGGAUUCCUAUUUGGCACUCUUGCAGUUACAACUUUCAACCUUCCUACUGCUGUAGGUGCUGGUAUCAUGUUGGUUUCAUGUGUGAGCGGAGCACAACUGUCAAACUAUGCGACGUUCCUGACCGAUCCACAUAUGGCUCCCCUCAGCAUUGUUAUGACAUCGUUGUCGACAGCUAGUGCGGUUUUUUUUACCCCAACUUUAUCUUACUUGCUUAUCGGCAAGAAAUUACCUGUUGACGUCGUAGGAAUGAUGUCCAGCAUUGUCCAAAUAGUGGUUGCUCCAAUUGCAGCUGGAUUGCUUCUGAAUAGAUUUCUCCCAAGACUCUGUUCGGCUAUUCAGCCAUUUCUCCCUCCACUAUCGGUGUUUGUGACUGCUUUAUGUGUUGGCUCACCAUUGGCUAUAAAUAUCAAGGCUGUUUUGUCACCGUAUGGACUAUCCAUUGUGUUUCUGCUUUUUGCAUUCCAUACAACAUCUUUUGUAGCUGGGUAUCAUCUUGCUGGUACUUGGUUCCACAAGUCAGCUGAUGUGAAGGCCCUGCAAAGAACGAUAUCUUUUGAGACAGGGAUGCAAAGUAGCCUUCUUGCUCUUGCUUUAGCAAACAGGUUCUUCCCAGACCCUCUGGUGGGAGUGCCUCCAGCAGUAUCAGUUGUGCUCAUGUCCCUGAUGGGGUUUGGUCUUGUCAUGCUAUGGUCCAAGAAAACACAAGUGUAGACCCCGCAAAACCACUGGGCUGGAUAUACUUCUCAGCGAAUUUUUCGAUGGCGUUGACCAAAUCGCCAAGAACAACCCGAUCCUUGGUGGAAAGAUGACGACUGCAGACCAUAGACGGCCAGGGUGCCAUGCCAAGUGAGACACCAGGGUCACCGUGACACGUCUGGAUCCUUGUCACUCUCUUUUCCUUUGAUCCUUGGUGAAAAGAUGUCUGUGUAACAUUGUAGGAUUCAUAGGGAUAACCUCUCCCUAGUUGAUUCUGACAGAAGAUAGAAAGAGAGAAGAAACCGACGUGCUGGUGGAUUUAUCAUCUGAUGAUGGUAUCCGUUUGCAUUUCUUGUGACAAAAAUGAUAAUAUCCACUCGUGCUGCCUAUGCAGCUGUUUUUAUUUU